UUCGCGGACGAAGAAACUCGAAAGGAACCCAUUGAGCUAUUGUGCAGCUUGCCGUUGAGCUUUUUUACCUAUUAAUCCGACACGAUGUCUGACUACGGUGGUGACCAUGAGGAGGAGACCUACGACUACGAGCCCGCGGAGGAAGUCGACGACCUUGAGCCCGACGAUUUCGUGAACCCCGAGGACAUUGAGGGCCAGGAAGAGGGCGACGAAUCAUACGCGCCUAACGUCGACGGCGACCAAGUUGUUGUCUCGGGCGAUCCCAAUGCCGGUUAUUCGGGGAAGAUCAUGGAACAAGCUCGGGAGAAGAAGGUUCCUAACGAGCAGCGGGCGACUACCCCGUACAUGACCAAGUACGAGAGAGCGCGUGUUUUGGGUACAAGAGCUUUGCAGAUCAGUAUGAAUGCCCCUGUGCUCGUGGAUCUUGAAGGCGAAACGGACCCGUUGCAGAUUGCUAUCAAGGAACUCAACCAGAAGAAGAUCCCUCUGAUUGUGCGGAGAUAUCUGCCAGAUGGAUGGUACGAGGACUGGACAUGUGAGGAGCUGCUUUAAUUUGCAAUAUAUGGGUGGUUUAUUCGGGAUUUGAC